CGCCCUGGCUCUCCUGAGCCGCUAGUACUGCUGGCGAAAAGAUGGGAAAACCAGAUAGCCGUUUAUCGGAGAAUUAAGAUAAAAAUGCCUGCUUUGGCCGCACAUGUCCGGUUGUUAGAAGACUGAGCUGUAGCAGCGCUUUGAGCUUCACCAGACAACGAAAAAGGUAUUUGUAACUCUGGUCACAUCAUCAGUCCCUAAAAGUGGAGUGGAGGGAACCAUUUUUUUAAUACCAUGAAUCCUGUGCCCAGCAUCUGCAGUUGAAGCACCAUCAUCAGGAUCACUCCUUUGUUGCAGAGUAGCACCCCAAAGUCUGCAAGGCUUUACUUACAUCUGCUCAUCUGGUGACCCCUUUUCUAGUUAGCAGAAUAUGUAUGGUAGCGCCCGCUCCGUUGGCAGGGGAGAUGCCAAAAAUGGGGGAGGAAGAGACGGAGGCAGCGGCGGUGGUAAUCAGGGAUCAGGCCGUUCCCCACGCCUCCCUCGAUCUCCCCGGAUGGGACACAGACGCACCAACAGCACAGGCGGUAGCGGAGGAGGCCCUGGAGGAGCAGGAGGGAAAACUCUCUCCAUGGAGAACAUCCAGUCCCUCAAUGCUGCUUAUGCCACCUCAGGACCGAUGUACCUGAGCGACAAUGAGGUAGCAAUGGCAGGAGACCAUGUAUCCAAAGGUGGCAUGACUGUGACCGUCACAGGACGACAGAGGGUGACAUAUGGAUCGCGAGGUAGCAGCGGUGGGGUUGUAGCUGCUAGCACGCCCAAUAUCUCCACCACAGUGCCUGCUAAUGCUGUGUUGCCAGCAGGCAUGAUGGCAGGGGACGCGCUGGCGUUUGGGGACCACCACAUGGCUUCCACAGUACCCCACUCUCUAAGACAGGCCAGAGACAACACCAUACUAGACCUGCAGUCCCAACUUAAAGAGGUUCUACGCGAGAAUGAGAUGCUGCGGCGAGAGGUCGAAGUGAAAGAGAGCAAACUGAGUUCCUCCAUGAACUCUAUCAAAACCUUCUGGAGCCCAGAGCUAAAGAAAGAGCGAGCCCUAAGGAAGGACGAAGCUUCCAAGAUAUCUGUCUGGAAGGAGCAGUAUCGCGUUAUUCAGGACGAAGCACAGCAUCUCCAGAUGACUGUUCAAGCUCUUCAGGAUGAGCUGAGGAUCCAGAGGGAUCUGAACCAGCUGCUCCAGCAAGACCCUGCCAGUCAAGGAAGGGAGCUGGCCCUGACAUCUGAGCCUACAGAGGAGAACUACCGGAGACUGCAUGCUGAGCAUGAGAGGCAGGCGAAAGAGCUCUUCCUUCUUAGGAAGACGCUGGAGGAGAUGGAGCUGAGGAUUGACACACAGAAGCAAACCCUGGCAGCUAGAGACGAGUCCAUCAAAAAGCUUCUGGAGAUGCUGCAGAGCAAAGCACCAUCUGCCAAAGCAUCAGAGGAAGACCAGGAGCGGACCCGGAGGCUGGCUGAUGCAGAAAUGCAUAGGCAUCACCUUGAAAGUUUACUGGACCAAAGGGAUCGGGAGAUUACAGCUCUCAGAGAGCAGGAGCUUCAUCGUCGAUACGAAGGAACUCCAGAGUCCACCAAAACAAAGGCUUUGCAGACUGUUAUCGACAUGAAGGAUGCAAAAAUCAAUUCCAUGGAGCGGAGCCUCAGGGACAUGGAGGAGGAGGUUCUAAUGCUGAAAUCUAAUGGGCUCCUGAGCUGUGAGGAGCGUCAGGAGGAGAUGAAGCAGAUGGAGGUGUACCGCAGUCACACCAAGUUCAUGAAAAACAAGAUGGAGCAGGUGAAGCAGGACCUUUCCAGGAAGGACACUGAGCUCCUUGGUUUGCAGACUAAGUUGGAGACGCUAACUAACCAGUUCUCUGACAGCAAACAGCACAUUGAAGUCCUCAAAGAGUCUCUCACUGCCAAGGAGCAGCGAGCUGCCAUCUUACAGACCGAAGUUGAUGCCUUACGUCUGCGCUUGGAAGAGAAGGAGGCGACUUUGAAUAAGAAGAGCAAACAGAUUCAAGAAAUGUCAGAGGAGAAAGGAACCCUGAACGGAGAAAUCCACGACCUGAAAGACAUGCUGGACGUUAAGGAGCGCAAAAUUAAUGUGCUGCAGAAAAAGAUUGAGAACCUGCAGGAGCAACUUAGAGACAAGGAGAAGCAGAUGAGCAGCUUAAAGGAGAGGGUGAAGUCCUUGCAGGCAGACACUUCAAACACUGACACUGCUCUCACAACACUGGAGGAAUCACUUGCAGAAAAGGAAAGAAUUAUUGAACGUCUGAAGGAGCAGCGCGAUAGAGAUGACCGGGAGAAGACGGAGGAGCUUGACAGCUCCAAGAAGGAGCUGAAAGAGCUGAAGGAGAAGCUGAGCUUAGUGCAAGGAGACCUGUCAGACAGAGAGACCUCUCUGUUGGACCUGAAGGAGCAUGCUUCAUCCCUGGCUUCAUCAGGACUGAAGAAAGAUACCAAACUCAAGAGUUUGGAAAUAGCCUUGGAGCAGAAGAAGGAGGAGUGCCUCAAACUGGAAAACCAACUGAAAAGAGCUCAAAAUGCAGCACUGGAAGCUCAAGCCAAUACAGAGCUGGCUGAGCGCAUUAGGAACCUAGAACAGGAAGUGGCCCGUCACAGAGAGGACUCUGGGAAGGCCCAGGCAGAGGUUGACCGCCUCCUCGAGAUACUUCGGGAAAUGGAGAACGAGAAGAACGACAAGGACAAGAAGAUCAAUGAGCUGGAGAGUUUGGCCUCCAGGCAAAUGAAGGACCAGACUAAAAAGGUAGCCUCUCUGAAACACAAGGAGCAGGUGGAGAAGAGCAGGAAUGCUCGACUGAUGGAGGAGGCCAGGAAGCGCGAGGACAACCUGUCUGAAACUUCCCAGCAGGUGAAGGACACUCUGCGUCAGAAAUCAGAGCGCAUUGAAGAGCUGGAGGAGGCUCUGAGGGAGAGCGUUCAGAUCACUGCUGAGCGAGAGAUGGUGCUGGCACAGGAAGAGGCUGCACGAUCGCUGCAGGAAAAACAGAUGGAGGAGCUGCUGGGUGCCAUGGAGAAGGUGAAGCAGGAGUUGGAGUCCAUGAGGGCUAAGCUGGCAUCCACCCAGCAGUCUCUGUGUGAAAAGGAGGCCCACCUCACAACCCUGCGAGCUGAGCGCAGGAAACACCUGGAGGAGGUGCUGGAGAUGAAGCAGGAGGCACUUUUGGCUGCCAUUAGUGAAAAGGAUGCUAACAUCGCACUGCUGGAGUUGUCAUCCUCUAAGAAGAAGAAGACCCAGGAUGAGGUGACUCAGUUGAAGCGAGAGAAGGACAGACUGGUGCAGCAGCUCAAGCAGCAGACUCAGAACAGAAUGAAGCUGAUGGCCGACAACUAUGAAGAUGAUCACUUAAAGGCUGCACACGAUCACACAAAUCACAAACCCUCUCCAGAUCAGAUGAUUGCCCCUCUUCUUGCCCUGUCCCAGAACCGCAGCAAGCUCAAACUCUACAUCGCCCACUUGACAGACCUCUGCAAUGACCGAGACCCCAGCAUCCUCAGCCAGCUCUCUCCUCCCUCUCAUUACCACCACAGCGACCCUGAAGACUGGGAGGAGGAGCUUCAGAAAAUGAAAGUUGAACAGUUGGAACGGGAGUUGGAGGUGUGUGAGAAGGAGAGCGGGGAGCUGCAGGAGUACGCCAAUUCGGUCCUCCAGCAAAUCGCAGACUACUGCCCAGAUAUCCUGGAACAGGUUGUCAAUGCGCUGGAGGAGUCAUGUUGACAAAUCUAACCUCGGACUCACAGAGCCCAGAAAGCCCCACCCAUCACCCCCCUCCUUAAAGGAGACAAAGCUUGGGCCGUCAUCCUCUCCACCUGGCAACAAACCUCCAGGAAACAGAAGUGCUUUUCUGUCUCAUAUUUCCAUCUAAGGUUAGGCUGGUUCCUCAAAAUAAGAACAUUCAACAAACACUUUGAGUAAAUAUUCAGUUUAGUCCAAAUGAGUGAAGAGACCUAAAGCACAGGCCUGAUCGUGUCAGGCACGCACACUGGAAUGAUCUUUACUUUUAAUUUAGCCUCUUCUCACAGAUGCUGUUCCAGAUGGAGAAGAGAGCCUGACCCAGAGGAGGGACAGACACUCUCACUCCCUCUACCUCUUAGAUUUAUCUCUCAACCCUCUCAUGUUAAGAGGGAUACAUAUUCCCCAUCAUUGGGACAGAAAAGCACUCUUGUCCUGCUAUUUCUUAGGAAAGCUGCUAUAUCCAAAGGGAGCAGGAGGGAGUGGAUUCCAGAGGCGCAGCAUGGAGCCAUGUAGAUGUUUUUCAGUAUAGGGUUGCCUAACAUGACACAAUCUGAAGGCAACUUUUCAACCAAAUGAGCACAGACAGCUGCAGAAGAGCUGCAGUUUUGGUCAUCAGUGGCUGGGUCAUUAGAGGGGUUCAGCCUUUACCAGAAGAGUUUCUGAUUUUAGUUACUAUGUUCUCAAGCAGAGAAGAGGAUUUAGGGGUGGAAAAGAAGAGCUUUUAUUGUUGAGGUAUUAAUUUCUCGGUGGUUUUUUGCACACAGUGUCCACUUGUUAAUGGGGUAUGCAAUGUUUCUUUGAGAACGUUCUUGUGGCCUUGGAGCAUGCACAGAAAUCAGUACAGGACCUAAAUGCCGAGGUAUUUACGCCUCUGUAAUACUGGUGCUACGGCAUGAUGUAAGAACUGAUCCUCAUCCAAAGUUCCUAAUGGAUUUCCUUAAAGCCCACAUAUUGAUGCCCUUUUUUGUAUGCUCAGAUGUCUCUGUUUGCGUUUUUUUUCCUUUUUGGUUUUUGUUUGUUUGAAUAUUCAGGGCUGAGUUUUUUAAUUACUAAGUGCAUUGAUUGACAUUAACAGAGAAAAUAAGUAAAUUUUCAAGCAGGUUUUGACUUUUUAAAUCAGUUUGUAAAUAAUGUGAUAUUUAACACGUACAGUAACUGAAUAAAAGUAAUACCGUGGAAGGUGUUGUGCAUUAAAAGGAAAAAAACUAAAUCUGAAAAGUUCAAAGCAGUGCAGUUGUCUUUUGUGUCUAAUUUUGUCUCCUGGGGGACUGGCGUAAGUGUGACAGUGCUGCCAUAAACUGCAGAAAGUCUAUGUUCUAUAGAGAAAUAUAUAUAAAUAAGAUAUAUGAAAAGUUUUACUGUAUCAAUAUGCAUUGAAUGUUUGCACAGAAUCUCCAAGAGCAAGUUGCUCUGAACAAAAUGUUUUCAGCGGAAACUGGGAAAAGAUGCAUUUAAAAAAAAAAGUGUUAAAAUAAUGUGCGAAGUUCAGACAUUUCAAACCGUGACUAUGUGAUGAUGGGAGAGUACUGUUGAGUUUGUUUCUAAUUGUCUUUUUCAAAUAAAUAAUCUCGCCAAACGGUGGAGCUUUCCUGAGAUUCCCAUGUUGUCUUUUCUUAUAUUAAUGGUUUUCAUUGCUGAACUUAAAAGAAUAAAAACAAAUCUUGGGCUAUCUUAGCCCUCCUGCUACAAAAGGUUUAAUUCGGUAGGUAUCGGAGGAAGAACCAAAGACAAGAGCUGGAG